UUCAGGAGUUUCUGGCUGCUCUUCAUGUCCAUCUGACCUUCAUCAACUCUGGAAUUAAUCUUCUGCAUGAAGAACAAAUGCCACCCAAGUGGUCCAAAUUUUUUAAAAAGAAAAAGAGUUUAAAGUCUCUCCAUCAGAGUGCUGUGGACAAAGCUUUACAGAGUCCAAAUGGACACCUGGACUUGUUCCUCCGCUUCCUCCUGGGUCUUUCAAUGCAGCCCAAUCAGACUCUCCUACGAAAUUUUUUGCCAGACACACUAAGUAGCUCACAGACUAUUCAGGAAACAGUCCAGUACAUUAAGAAGAAGCUCAGUACGAAUUUGUCUGCAGAGAAAAGCAUAAAUCUGUUCCACUGUCUGAAUGAACUGAAUGAUCGUUCUCUAGUAGAGGAGAUCCAACAGUCACUGACUUCAGGAGGUGUCUCCAUAGAUAAACUGGCUCCUGCUCAGUGGUCAGCUCUGGUCUUCAUCUUACUCUCAUCAGAAAAAGAUCUGAAUGUGUUUGACCUGAAGAAAUACUCUGCUUCAGAGGAGGCCCUUCUGAGGCUGCUGCCAGUGGUCAAAGCCUCCAACAAAGCUCUACUGAGUCACUGUAACCUCUCAGUGAGAAGCUGUGGUGCCCUGUCCUCAGUUCUCAACUCCAAGUCCUGUAGUCUGAGAGAGCUGGACCUGAGUAACAAUGAUCUACAUGAUUUAGGAGUGAAACUUCUGUCUGCUGCUCUACAGAGUCCACACUGUACACUGGAAACUCUCAGACUGACUCACUGUAACCUCUCAGAGAGAAGCUGCGGUGCCCUGUCCUCAGUUCUCAACUGCCAGUCCUGUAGUCUGCGAGAGCUGGACCUGAGUAACAAUGAUCUACAGGAUUUAGGAGUCAAGCUUCUGUCUGCUGCACUACAGAGUCAACAUUGUACACUGGAAACUCUCAGUCUGUCAGGCUGUCUGAUCACAGAGGAAGGCUGUACGUCACUGGCCUCAGCUCUGAGCUCCAACCCCUUCCAACUUAGAAAACUGGACCUGAGCUACAAUCAUUCAGUGCCUGAUCUGGCCAGCUUGCCUCCUCCAAUACCAGCCGCCUCAGUGGGCUGGCCAGUGGGGCUGUGGGAGGAAUCCAGAGUAAACCUGUGCAACCUCCAAAUAGAAAGGACCUGGCCAGGUGAUGGAAUCGAUCUCAGCACCUUCUUGCUUGGUGUGGUGAUUAGCAACAGUGCUAAUCACCACACCAAGUGCUGCCAUAACUGGAAUGUAUAA